AUGCCAAUCACUCCACUUGCUUCGUUCUUCGUCGUUAUUGCCUUCAUCACCCUGUUGUGCUCCAUUCAUGUCAAAGUGAUGGUUCAUGCUCAUGAAUUUGUGUCAUCACGACUCGAUUCCAUUCAAAUGGCCACACCUCUACCACCAUCCAUCAAUAGUGUUCAUGAUGUGUCAUCCAUACUCGUCGACUCCAUUCCAUCCUCUCUCUAUACUCUAUACAUUUUCAAUACGACCACCACCACAACAAAACCAUCAUCCUCCUCCUAUCAACUUCAUGUCAAUCCCAUCUCAAUUGGUGAUUCUAAAAACAUUGCAUGUCUCUCCUGUACAUCACAAGCCAUGAUUGUUUAUCUAGUGAUCAAUUCAGUUGGAGUAUCUUUUCAAUAUAAAGCACAAUCAUUGAAUAAUUGUCCUCUUGAAAUUUUACAAAAUUUCAAUCCAUCCAAUUACACCGAUUCCGAAGCUUAUCAUUUACCAAAGAUUUCCUAUUCACCACAAUAUACAGUGAGUGAUAUCAUGAAUGUGACUAUUAGUAGUAGUAGUAGUAGUAGUGGUAGUAGUAGUAGUGACAUGAUUACACUCUAUGGAAACUUGUAUCAACAAAAUACAUUGUUGCAUACGGUGUGUAUGGUCAUUGAUGCCUCACUCUCCAAUCAAGUGGUCAAUAAUAUUUAUUUGAAUAUGGCAAAGAAUGGAUCAUGUCCAAAGGUCAUAUCCAGUAGUGCCAUUGGAAAUACUUGUAAAUUAUCAUCGGAUAUGAAAUAUGUGGUUGAGCAAGUUCUAGUCAUUCGAAGAAAGUAG